AUGGACCCGCCCUGGCCAAAUAAAUCCGUGCGGCGCAGCAGACACUACCAAACACACCACUAUUCCGAGAUGGAUGUGCUUACUGAAGGAUUACGAGAUAUACUACGUGUACACUCGCAUGACCCUAAAAUAAACCAGGGGCUACAACAUUCUGAAACACAGACUGGUCGCCCGACUCAAAGUGAACAGUCUAUAGCUGCUAUAUGGAUCACGAAUGCGGAAAAGGCCCGGCGAGCAGCAUACGAGGCCUUGAGCGGUGCAGGAUUUUGUAUAUGUGAGGAAUGGGUCUGGGUCAAGACUACGUGGGACGGACGACCGAUCACAGCACUGGACGGGCUCUGGCGAAAACCGUAUGAGAUCCUUGUCAUUGGCCGCAAGAGUGGGCUUAAUGUCAAUGUCAACGCUCAGGCUAGCAGUACAACACCCCUGUCUCAAGUGGAUGAUCUGACACGGAUAAGUGAGGCCAUCACCACGAGACGAGUCAUCGCUGCGGUUCCAGACUUGCAUUCUCGUAAACCAAACCUGAAAUCUAUUUUCGAGGAUGUGUUUUUCACCGAGGUUGGUCAGCUCCAGGACUAUUAUGCCCUCGAGGUGUUUGCACGUAACUUGACCGCUGGCUGGUGGGCUGCUGGUAAUGAGGUCCUCCGGUUCAAUGCCCGUGAAUGCUGGGUUGAUCUUGGAUAG